AGGCCGCCGCCAUGGGCACUGUGGGAGUUGUAGGCCGCAGUCAGCGGCUAGCCUCAACUCUUACGUUGUGGCCAGAGACACGGAAUCUGCUUUCGGAGCUGCCGCUGCUCUCGGGUAGAGCUGCAGGCCAGGGCGAUGCAAGACGGCAGACCGCUGGGGCUAGCCGGUCUGGCGCUGCUCCUCACGGCCGCCAGGGCGGGAGCAAGGCCGCGGCCCGCUGCCCCGGGGGACCAGCCCCGAUCUAACGUGGUGUUGGUGGCCUGCGACUCCUUGGAUGGACGCUUGACAUUUUUGCCAGGGAAUCAGACUGUGGAUUUACCUUCCAUAAAUUUUAUGAAAAAACAUGGCACUGUCUUUCUCAAUGCCUACACCAACUCUCCAAUUUGUUGUCCUUCCCGCGCAGCUAUGUGGAGUGGUCUUUUCACUCAUAUAACAGAAUCUUGGAAUAACUUCAAAGGUCUAGAUCCAGGUUAUGUAACAUGGAUGGAUCUCAUGGAGAAGCAUGGCUACCAUACACAGAAGUUUGGGAAAUUGGACUUUACUUCUGGACAUCAUUCAAUAAGUAACCGUGUGGAAGCUUGGACUAGGGAUGUUAACUUCCUGCUUCGACAAGAAGGAAGACCCAUGGUGAAAGUUACAGGCCAUAGGAAGCAGAUUAGAGUAAUGGAAACAGAUUGGCGAAAUACUGAUAAAGCUGUAAACUGGAUAAAGGAAGAAGCUGUUAACUUUACUCAACCAUUUAUUCUUUAUUUGGGACUAAAUUUACCACACCCAUAUCCAUCACCCUAUGCAGGAGAAAAUUUUGGAUCCUCUACAUUUUUAACAUCUCCCUAUUGGCUUGAAAAGGUAAAUUAUGAAGCUAUUAAAAUACCCAAGUGGUCUUCUCUUUCAGAGAUGCAUCCAGUAGACUAUUACUCAUCGUACACGAAGAAUUGCACUGGAGAGUUUACAAAGGAAGAAGUGAGAAAUAUUAGAGCAUUUUAUUAUGCUAUGUGUGCAGAGACAGAUGCCAUGCUGGGUGAGAUUAUUUCAGCUCUGCAAAAUACUGGGCUUCUUGGAAAAACAAUCGUUAUAUUCACUGCAGAUCAUGGAGAACUUGCUAUGGAACACCGUCAGUUCUAUAAAAUGAGCAUGUAUGAGGGAAGUUCCCAUGUUCCUCUUUUAGUUAUGGGGCCAGGUUUAAGAGAACAGCACCAAAUACCAAAUGUAGUAUCUCUUGUGGAUAUCUACCCUACUAUGCUUGAUAUAGCAAGAAUUCCUGUCCCUCAGAACCUUAGUGGAUAUUCUCUUAUACCACUGCUACGUGAAAAGACUGAGAGCAAAGUGUCACCCACAGGACCUCGGCCCUCAUGGGUGCUGAGUGAGUUCCAUGGAUGCAAUGUGAAUUCCUCUGUGUAUAUGCUGAGAAUUGGCAAGUGGAAAUACAUCACAUACUCAGAUGGCUCUUCAGUACUGCCCCAACUCUUUGACCUUACUGCUGAUCCAGAUGAGCUUACAAAUCUUGCCAUGAAAUUCCCAGUAACUGUACAUUCUUUGGACAAAAUACUUCGCUCUAUAGUAAACUAUCCAAAGGUUUCUUCUUCUGUUCAGGAGUAUAACAAACAACAGUUUGUCAGUUGGAAACAAAGUUUGGGUCACAAUUACUCAAGUGUUAUUGCAAACCUUAGAUGGCAUCAAGACUGGUUAAAGGACCAAAAAAAGUAUGAGAACGCAAUUGAAAAGUGGCUUGGGACUUCUUUCUCUAACAGGAAUGGUCAUUUGCAAAAAUGGCAAAAAUGGUGAGUUGUGAAGUUCAACUCUGAAGAACCAGAGGACCAGGCAAAGCAAUGUGAAAUCUUUACAGAUCAAUCAUUUAAUCUCAUCACAAUCUAUUUUAGAGAUUAACAAUUAUAUGCACAUCACUUUUUUUUUUUUUUUGGCACAUUACUGAAUUUGGAUUUGGUUUUUCUGUCAGCCUCUCUUCAGAUAGAUCCAGGUGGAUUUUAUUCUACACAACAACAGUUCUUUAUAAUACCUGUGCAUAUUUCAUCAUGAAUACAUUCUUGACACAUUUCAGGGCAAUGUUUGCAGAUUCCUUCAGAGGCAAAUUGUGUCUCUGAACAAGUAGAUUUACAUUCCCAGUGCUCCAGAAGCAAAGGAUUUUUGCAGGACAGGCAUUGGGUGGCACUUCCCACGCAUGUCUUACAGGAUCCGCUACAUUCCUUGCAAGUCUCAGAAUCAUUAAAAUAUCCCCUAUGGAAUGAAAAAAACACGAAGAAAAUUGUUGGUCACUCCAGGCUAUGAGAAUUACAACUCUAAAUAAGACUCUCCCAGCACAUACACUUCACUAGAUCAAACAUGUUUCUCACACAAUUUUUUGCUCAUCUUCCACGUAACUUCCCCUGUGUCUGAAAGCAGAAAAUAUACCUGCUUAGUGCUAUGUGAAGGGCUUUCCUUCCUUCUUGUACCUGUUGUCCAAAAGUUCAAAAGUUAUGUUGAACUUUUAUGUCUUUAUUUCCCCCUUACAUAAGAUAGAAAGAUAUAUAACAUUUUGGAAAACAUGCAAUCUCUAGUCUUGUGCAGCUGACCUGCAAUACUGAUAUCAAGGAAAGAAAGAGAAGGGUAACCUCAGUAGCUUUUGAGAGGAGAAAGAAAGAGAUGACUGGAAAUGUGAGGGGUAGGAAGAAUGAGGGCAGGGAUUGAAAAAAACCCACAAGCAGGAUAUUUACAUAAUACCUUGCCUUACUGACAACAGGUUAGCAAUGGCUAAGAGGGAGCACAUUUUGCUGGUAUCUGUGUGUGAGAGCAAAUGUGGAGAUUCACAGCUGGGAGUACUAGUCAUAAAUAUAGGGAAAAAAAUCUGCACCUCUGCUUCAAGUGAAGAUGCAUAGAAGAGAUGUUGAUUUCAAUCUGUCUUCACUCUCAGAACCAAAUUGUUACAAGGUUAAAGAAUGUGUAAAUUGAGAUUUUGAGAUGAUUGCUAAUUCACAGAGCCAUUGAUGAAAACUAAUUAAGAAGUUGAAACAGAAACUAUUCUCACAGUAUGUACUUUACAUUAACAAAUUUGUUACUUCUCAUGUGCUUCUCCUUCCAUUCUUGGACAUUAUUUUUCCAAAGAAAGUCUGGGGAGAUGGAUAAGAAGCGAGGAAGCGAGGUUAGAGAAAAGGUAGGAGGAGUCAUGCCUGCCACCUAUUCUUAUCCUUUUUUAUCCUCCAACUUUUAUCAAGGUCCUGCAACUAGUUCUCACAGUCCUGUCAUCUUUUCUUGUUCCAAUGUUGACUACCUGGUUAGCCCAGUCUUUCAAAACUCCUCUGUAAGAAAUUAAUUGUGCAGUAAGUCAAACUUUUUUUAUCCCUUUUUUAUCCCUCAAAAACAUGUCCCCAAACCCAAGGCAAUCCCCUUAACAGAGAGUCUCAUUUUUUGCUCCAGUGGAGAGUAGUUGUGUCUCAAGAACUUUAUCUCAGAGUCUGAAACUGGAGUUUAAACCCUGUGAAUUUUGCUCAGUGAUGGGAAGCUAUUAUUUAGAGUCUUGAAUUUUGGAAAAAAAGGGGGAUAGUAACAUCUGAAAUUACUAGUGGGAUAUAAAGAGUUUUAAUUUUGUUGUACCGACUGUUGGAAGGAUAACUGGGAAACUAGUACUGACAAGAGACAUAUUAAUGCCAAAACACAAUUAAUGGUUGUAUGCCUUAGUGUCUAAUAUUAAAAAUUGUUUCUGGACUACAGUUGGCUUUAUUGCAAUUACCUUGCAUUCACUGGGCUAUUUCCUGAAGAAAACCUGUUACACUGGCCCUCAUUGACUUAUUCAAGAAGAUUACCAGGAAGGCAGUGGCAGAGAUUGCAAGAAAAGCAGGAGGAGCAUCACAAUUUUCUGAAGAAAAAAGAUUAACCAAGCAAGGCUUUUU